AUGCUGUCCCCUGAUAAGAGGAAGGAAAUGUCUCAGUGCCAGCCACACAGCCUGGAGCUCCAGGAAGUUUAUGUGGCACAUCUGCAUCUGCAAGAAAGUACUUCAAAUAGAAAACUGCCUGGCAUUGGUCUGGCGUUUUCAUCACCCAAUUCGACGCUCCACAUUCUCGCCACUGAGGCGCACAAGGCGUUAGUGGGCCCAUGGGCGACCUCCCGAAGGUGGGCCCGUUCCCUGGGGCUGUCUGGCAGAGUGGAGGUUGUGGAACAAGUGAUAGAACAGUCUCUGCGCGUCGCUUCACCGCUCUCACCUGAACCACUUGGACACCGGACCGCGGACAGGGGGUGGGUGUCAGGCGGGCUGGCCCUGCUGGGGUCCAGCCUUCGCUUUCGGGGCAGACGGUCUCCUAGUCCACGCACCCUUGAGCUCAGGAGGCUCACUGCUCUGAGGCUGGGGCUGCAUUGGGUGUUUGGAGUUGCGGUACGUGGCCUAUCCGGGGUGAAUUGCUCCAUAAUCAAGUCCUCGUCCUCCUCGGACGGGAGGCUUAUGGGCUCAUCCCCGGAGUCGGGAGACUCGACGAGGUGGUCUCCUGAGGCCCCGAGGCCCGGGUCUGAGAGAGGAUGCUCAGCGUCCAUUUGCAUGGACCAGUUGAGCUCCGUGAAGGUGACUCCACACGGCCUCUACUCCGACUCUAUCUCUGACACGGGAAUGGUUACCCCCAUCACAGGAUUUCCCCCCGCUAGACUCGCGAGCCUUCUGCGGCGGGUUUUCUCCGAUAGGCGUGCACAGUGGUCACAGGUCACCGUGUCGGCUACGGCAUCUCGGGCAUGUUGCAGCCCGAGGCACAAAGCAGGCAGAGUGGGAAUCUGCUCCGGAAAUAUUGUGCCCACAAGUGCACAACCUUGA